UUUUCAAGAAUUCAACAGCGCCGAGAAAAAAAACCCUCCUCGUUGUUGCGCCGCGCCUCCUCCGACUUGGCCGUUUCCUUCUCUCCAAGAAAAACAAGAAGAGAAGAAGAAGAGGAAGAAGAGAAGAAGAAGAAGAAGAAGGAGUUCAAUUCCCAAUUUCUCACAAACAUCAUCAAUUGAGAACCCUAAAAACGAAGCCAUAACCGCAAACAACCCACUCUCUAUUCUGUUUUUUUCUCUUUUUUUCUCUCUCUAUAUUUUGAUACUUUGUUGUUAUUAUCGUUAUCAUCUUUGGGUCUUUUGGGUCUCGCUUUCAAGGAGGAAAACGUGGAAAACUCCUCCCAAAUCCUCGUCUAGGGUUUGCAAUCCCUCAUACUUUGAGGAAUGGGUUCUUGGUCGCGGCUUUGAGUUUGGUUAGGUUAUGGUUGGAAUCCCUAAUUUCUUUUGGAUAUUUGUUUUUUUGGGGGAUUUUGUUGGUGUGGUUACGGAUCGAUUGAUGGUUAGGGUUCUUGGAUGGAUUGAUGGUUAGGGUUCUUGGAUGAUGGGUGGGGAAUUGAAGCGCUAGGGUUAGGUUUUGCUUGUUUUUUGCUGUUGGAUUUGUGUUGGUGUUUUGGUCUGGUGGAUUUUGGGGAGAUUGACCGGUGGCAUUUUCAAUCUUGAGUGGAAUCGGUGGGAGGGGGCGUGGAUUCCGGCGGUUGCGCCGGAGGCUGAGAGCCGGGUGCGGGGUUUCUGGCUCCGGGGAACCCGAGGUUUGGGGGUUCUUGGUUUUCGUUGCUGAGGCGUUGUGGAGGAAGAGAUUGGGUUGGAGGACUCAGGCGUGGAGAGAGGGAUUUGGUAUAUGAGGAUAAUGGUCUGCGCCUGUGAUGGAGAAAGGCGCUGGCACGAUUGACGAGCCGAAGUUCAUCCCAGGGUGGUUGAAACCAGGCAACGGUGCUCCGGCCGGCGGCGCCGGUUCCAACCAUCAUAUUGCCACGUCCUCUCUUCAUUUGGAUGAGCAUGGUGGUGGGAGGUCCUCAAGGAACAGGUUUUUGGCGGUGAGUGCUUGCGAUCAUGAUGCUCCCCGGACAUCAUCUAGGAGCUCAUCCUCCUUCAGACGUAGCACAAGCAGCAAUGGUUCUAGUUCUACGAAUCAUGAUAGGGAUAAUAUUUCACAGAUGUAUAGUAGUUUUAGUAGGAACCCUCGUGACAGGGACCGGGACAAGGUUCCUGAUCGGCGAGACAGAGACCGUGAAAGGCUUUUUCAGUUAGAUAGUUUUGAUUCUGGUAGGAAUGGGAAGGAUGCACUUAGGAGGUCACAGUCCAUGGUGACAGGGAAACGGGGUGAGUCAUGGCCAAGAAGGCCAGGUAAUGAUUUGGUGAAUGGAGUUAUUUCUGGGGGUAGUGGGAUUGGUACCAUAAGCAAGGCCUCUUUUGAACAAGACUUUCCAACUCUUGGGGCUGAAGAAAGGCAAGGGCCUCCUGAGAUAGGUAGAGUAGCUUCUCCUGGUCUUAGCAGUGCUAUUCAGAGCUUACCUUUCAGUGCUCCAACAACAAUUCGAGGUGAUGGUUGGACCUCAGUCUUGGCAGAAGUACCUGUUGUGGUUGGAGGUAAUGGACCAUCAAUCCAAUCUUCUCAACAAACUGCAACAGUGGCACCAGCAUCUACAAGUCUGAGCACUACAACAGGCCUGAACAUGGCUGAGACGUUGGCCCAGACCCCAUCACGUGUUCGUUCUGAUCCACAGUCAUCUGUAGAUACCCAAAAGAUUGAUGAAUUGACUCGUAGGCAGUGUUUCAAGCUUAUACCUGUGACACCAGCAAUGUCUAAAAGCUCGGUUCUCAAUUCUUCUGAUAAAUCAAAAGUUAAAGGAGCAAGAGGAGUUGAUCUUGUUGCCCCCUCCAAAGCCACGCCACAGGCACCUUAUCAACUUUCUAAUCAUAUGCUCCGUGUACCUUCUAGAUUGGAUAUUCCAAAGGCAUCUCAGGCUGGGAAUUUUCAGGUUCUUAAUCGUGAGAGAAAUGGCAGUGCUUCUGCUGGCAAAGAUGGCUCAAAUUCUGUGAGUGUCAGUCGUGUGGUUAACCCACAUAUUGUUGUUGCAUCGACUGCCGCACCUCCCCUGAAGAACUCUACUGAUCCCAAGGGGCGUGUGCUGUCCCCUGUUCACAAUUCCUUUGGUGAGAAAAGACCCACUUUGCAAACUCAGAAUCGGAAUGAUUUCUUCAAUUCUAUCCGAAAGAAAACAUCCAUGGCUGCUCCCCAGCCAAUCUCAACUAGCUCUGAGAAGGCAAGCAAUCAGACCACUGAUGCCGUUUCUGUUACUGAGGAAAUGGCCAAUUCUCCAAAUUCUGGUUUAGAAUGUAUCAAGGAAAGUAAGAAUUGUUUGUCUGGAUGUUCUGGUCCCUGUGAAGAUGCUGAGAGUUCUAGUUUUGACAAUGGAGCCAGCACCGAGAGGUCAGAUGACCAGAUCAUUGGAAUUGUUUCUGUUGGUCAGGAGAUGACCUGUUCUCCAAGUUCUGCUGGUGCGGGAUGUGUGAAGGAGAAUGGCAACUGUGGGAGCGGAUGCUCUAGUGUCUGUGGAGAUGCCGAGAGUUCUAGUGCCGACAAUGGUGCCAACACUGAGAAACUUGGUGAUCAGAUGACUGAGUCCGUUUCUGUUGGUCAAGAAAUGGUCAGCUCUCUAACUUCUGGUUUAGGUUGUGUGAAGGAGAAUGGAAAUUGCGCUAUUGGAUGUUCCCGUGAUCUGUCUGAGAGCUGUACUUCUGACAAUGGAGAGGAUUCAUUCUCAGACCCUGUUGAUCCGGAAGAAAAAGCCUUCUUGGAAUCACUAGGAUGGAAUUCUGAAGAUGCAGCAGAUGAGUAUCUGACACCGCAAGAAAUUACUGAGUUUAUGGCAGAGCAUGGGACACAAAUUCGUCAAUCUGAAAGGUUGUCUCAACUUCGACAAAGAGUUGCUAAUGAUCUUGGAUUACACUCAUUCAACUCAGAAAAUGAAGUCUGAUUUUGCUGAAACAUCUGCCCUUUUGGCUUUGAUUCUCUAGUUUUUUGUGGCCAAAGGAUUUUUCCAUUGACAUGUGGAGGGUUUGAGAUGCGGAGACUGAGUGACAACAGAACGUCUGCAAUGUUAAAAAUGAGUUGAGGGAGUUGUUUUUUACCCCUCUUGCUUCCUAAAUAUAUGAAAAAACGAAAAAAAUAAGCUGUUCUUCGGUCCUCGGGUGCAUGUCGGAGUGAUGUCCUGCCAGACUUAGCUUUUUUUUUGUUCCCUUUUUUCCCUUUUUUAUAGAUUUUUUUUUUUCUUUUUGCUGGGAAGGUGGAUAGGGUGCCGUAUUCAGUUCCAAAGAAAUUUGCACAGUUGAAAAAUCCAGGUUUUCAUUUUGUUAAUAUCCUUCACUGUUUGUCUGUCC